AAUCCCCAUCACGUCAUCGCCGUAUUGUGAGUAUUUAGGCCACUCGCAAAAACCGAAAGGAACUAUAAAUAAGCCACACGUCAAUUUAAUUUACAUCAAGAUGUCGACCGAGGGCGAAUACGAGUCGAUCCUUUGCGUUAAACCCGACGUCAACGUUUAUCGAAUACCACCGAGGGCUACAAAUCGUGGAUACAGGGCAGCAGACUGGAAGCUGGAAGUGCCCGAUUGGUCAGGGCGCAUGCGGAUAACGGCAAAGGGGAAAGUGGCCUACAUCAAACUGGAAGACAAAGUCUCAGGGGAGCUGUUUGCUCAGGCCCCUGUCACAGAGUAUCCCGGCAUCGCAGUUGAAACCGUAAGCGACUCCAGUCGCUACUUUGUCCUGCGAAUACAGGAUGACAAUGGCCGCAGUGCGUUUAUUGGCGUUGGAUUCGCGGACAGAGGGGACUCUUUUGACUUCAACGUGUCUUUGCAGGACCACUUUAAGUGGGUGAAACAAGAGAAUGAGAUCAGCAAAAACCCUCAGGGGGCAGCUUUGGGACCAAAGCUGGACUUGGGAUUUAAAGACGGACAAACCAUCACCCUUAAUAUUGGGCAAGGCAAAAAGAGGGAUAAGCCACGCCCACAGGGGGCAGGUGGGCUCGGUCUCCUACCGCCGCCACCAAAAGGAAAGAUGGCUCCUCCUCCUUUCUCUGCCUUCUCCAAUCACAACACUGUGCCUCAAACAGGAGGCUCAGAUACAGGCUGUUUGCUAGAUCUGGACAGUAGUAACUCCAAUACUGUGGUCCAAUCAUCCAACCCCAGCAGUGAUCUUUGGGGAGACUUCUCCUCUCCUGCAAGUUCGCUCCCUCCAACAUCGCGACAAGAGCACACGCCGAAUUGGGGCCAGUUUUGAGUCCACAUCAUCGCCUUUCUCAUUGGUCUCCACCGCUGAACGCAACGCCUCCCUCCGUCGCUACAAACACAGUCAAAGCAAACUUUCCAAGAGACGAAGAACACCAUGUACGUCUAGAAAGUCUUCAUCAAAUCUAAGAAUGGACGUACACUACAAUCUCCUCCCAAAGUAACAAAAAGAAGAUUAAUAAAGUAAUAUUCGGGAUAAUAAUGCAAAUAUUCAAUAUUUGGUCAUAUGAGCGUUAUGGUAGGUUUGCAAUAUAUCCUAAGGGCUAUGAUGAUAGGAUCUUCAGUAGCAGCAAUUUUACAGUAGUGUUUUUUUACCCGGCAACCUCUUGUUAAUGUUUACCUAAACAUCCCUACAUACUUGAUUUUUAGAGAGGGGAACCCAUAGGGAAUGACAAUCUUUCCCAUAGGGUUUUCCUCUGAUCAUAAUAGGGAACAGCAUUCGUAGUAAAUAAUUGUGAAAAGGAAUGGCUCAGACACCCGCCCAAUUCUUUUCCCGCCCCCGUUCUCCUCAGUGUGCAAUCGUUCACUCCCCCUCAAUGAUUUUAAAGCAUUGGAUGAGCGUAUGCAUUGGCUAGAGGGAAUCGAUCAUAUUCCUUAUGAUUGCAUGCAAACUAUAGGCUUUUUUUGGGAGAAGGGGGAGAAAGGGAAUCGGGCUCAUAUUGAUGAACUUAUCUGUUUCCAUUGUACUGACUGCCUCACACUUGGCCUGUUUUAAAGAGGGAAGAGCAUGUAUUCUUGUUAACUUUGCUGCAGAGGACUUGACACAGCCCUCUACAGUCCAUUUGUAAGUAGGUAGUUGUGAUGUAGUGUACAUUGGAUGAAAAUGGGUGAAAAUCCCUACUUGUAAUGAAAAGAACAUACAGUUGAAGUCAGAUGUUUACAUACACCUUAGCCAAAUACAUUUGACUAAGUUUUUCACAAUUCCUGACAUUUACUCCUUAAAAAUUCCCUGUCUUAGGUCAGUUAGGAUCACCACUUUAUUUGAAGAAUGUGAAAUGUCAGAAUAAUAGUAGAGAAGGAUUUAUUUCAGCUUUCAUCACAUUCCCAGUGGGUCAGAGGUUUACAUACUCAAUUAGUAUUUGGUUUUGUUGCCUUUAAAGUUUUUUACUUGGGUCAAACGUUUCGGGUAGCUUUCCACAAGCUUCCCACAAUAAGUUGGGUGAAUUUUGGCCCAUUCUUCUUGACAGAGCUACAGUAACUGAGUCAAGUUUGCAGGCCUCCUUGCUUGCACACACUUUUUCAGUUCUGCCCACAUAUUUUCUAUAGGAUUGAUGUCAGGGCUUUGUGAUGGCCAUUUGUGAUGGCCACUCCAAUACCUUGACUUUGUUGUCCUUAAGCCAUUUUGCCACAACUUUGGAAGUGUGCUUGGGGUCAUUGUCCAUUUGGAAGAACCAUUUGCAACCAAGCUUUAACUUCCUGACUGAUAUCUUGAGGUGUUGCUUCAAUAUAUCCACAUAAUUUUAUUUCGUCAUGAUGCCAUCUAUUUUGUGAAGUGCACCAGUCCCUUCUGCAGCAAAGCACCCCCACAACAUGAUGCUGCCACCACCAUUCUUCACAGUUGGGAUGGUGUUCUUUGGCUUGCAAGCCUCCCCCUUUUUCCUCCAAACAUAACAAUGGUUUCAUCAGAGCAGAGGACAUUUCUCCAAAAAAAUACAAUCUUUGUCCCCAUGUGCAGUUGCAAACAGUAGUCUGGCUUUUUUAUGGCGGUUUUGGAGCAGUGGCUUCUUCCUUGCUGAUCGGCCUUUCAGGUUAUGUCAAUAUAGGACUCGUUUUACUGUGGAUAUAGACACUUUUGUACCUGUUUCCACCAGCAUCUUCACAAGGUCCUUUGCUGUUGUUCUGGGAUUGAUUUGCACUUUUCGCGCCAAAGUACGUUCAUUUCUAGGAGACAGAAUGUGUCUCCUUCCUGAGUGGUAUAACAGUUGCGUGAUCCCAUGGUGUUUAUACUUGCGUACUAUUGUUGGUACAGAUGAACGUGGUACCUUCAGGCAUUUGGAAAUUGUUCCCAAGGAUGAACCAGACUUGUGGAGGUCUACAAUUCUUUUUCUGAGGUCUUGGCUGAUUUCUUUUGAUUUUCCCAUGAUGUCAAGCAAAGAAGCACUUGAAAUGUCAAGGUAGGCCUUGAAAUCCAUCCACAGGUUCACCUCAAAUUGACUCAAAUGAUGUCAAUUAGCCUAUCAGAAGCUUCUAAAGCCAUGACGACAUAAUUUUCAGUAAUUUUCCAAGCUGUUUAAAGGCACAGUCAAAUUAGUGUAUGUAAACGUCUGACCCACUGGAAUUGUGAUACAGUGAAUUAUAAGUGAAAUAAUCUGUCUGUAAACAAUUGUUGGAAAAAUGACUUGUGUCACGCACAAAGUAGAUGUCCUAACUGACUUGCCAAAACUAUAGUUUGUUAACAAGAAAUUUGUGGAGUUGAAAAACAAGUUUUAAUGACUCCAACCUAAGUGUAUGUGAACUUCCGACUUCAACUGUAGGUGUAAAACUAAUGAUAUUCGCAAAAGUGCUUUUCAAUGUUUAAUUUGUAUGAGUUUUAAAGAAGUAGCCUGGGAUGCCAGAUCUGUGUCCGCCUACUCCUCCAAUCUGGCAACCAGGCUGUGAAGUGAUGAUUGUCAAACACAGAGUAAUAUGAAUGUGUAACAACUGCAACUAUUGUUGUCGAGGAUGUGCUGUGGUACAUCGAUGAACUCUGUUGUGAUUGAAUAAGUUGCCUCGUGUCAAAAGUGUUUGUUUACCUUCCCCAGAACACGGUUUCAGAUGGCUCUGUCAUUCCACAGCUACUGUAAUUUCACCAGACGCGUAAUUAUGGUUUAUUGCCUCAGUCGUCAUUACUCAUGACGUCUGAAAGUGGCAAUAAAAACCUUCAACGGGAGUCGUGCGUCUUUGUGCCUUCAUAUAGAUGAUGCAUGGUAGAAAAGGUUAGACUUUGAUGAAGAGGGUCAAAAAACUAAAGUAAUUGCGUUAGUCAUUUUUUUUUUGUAUUUUGUAUUUUGUCAUUUCCGCUCUUCAUGAGAGUGUAGACAGUGUUUUGCCUUUUAUGUAUGUCAACGUUGUUCAAAAAACGUCUUUCAAAAAUACAAAAGACAUUCCAAAAAUUAGGACAUUAAAAUUUGGAAGUUUGACAUUUACAUGAAGUGUAAAUAGUUAGUGUAACUCUCAACUUCUACCACUAGGGGGACAGCCCAACGCUGACCACCACGGAGCCACUUUCAACUGCUUUGUACAUGCUCUGCUUUUUAACCUGCCACCCCAGCCUCAGUAGAUCUACUCACACCUACAUACUGUACCAGGGACUUGAAGGCAAACACUGGCAGACGCCGAUCCCCACGUAAAACUACCUGACAUUAUCUGAAGCACGAGGUUGAUAAGUUAACAGACCCGACACAUUCGUCACAAAUACCAAGUUGAUACAACCGGGUCAGGGGGACAUGGGCAAAGGGGACAUAACGUGAAGAACACCGUGGACAGACAGAUAAGACUGACACGAGCCAGGCAGAGGCAGGAAGUAAAUGAAGAGAGCGAGUGUGAGAGCGAGAGAGAGAGAGAGAGAGAAGUGGUAGAGAGAAAGGGGGUCAGCGUGACUCCAUGACUGGCUGUCAUUUAGCAGAUGCUCUUAUCCAGAGAAACUUUAAGGAGCAAUUAGGGUUAAGUGCCUUGCUCAAGGGCACAGCGACAGAUUUUUCACCUAGAUGGCUCCGGGAUUAUGUUUAUAGUUUGACCAUUUUUAAAUCUCAAAAUAUGAUGUUUGAAAGUUAGAUUUGUAUUUUGUUGUUUCGCCUGUUCAUUCAAAUGAUGACAAUGUUUUACCUUCAAGGUGUGGGCUGUAUGUCAAAGGUGUUAGUAAACAUGGCUUCCCAAAAUAAAGGACAAUAAUGAGGACAUUUAAUAUUUAAAGUUGUACAUUUUACGUUCCUAUAUCCCUUGACAGGGGAAAAGUAUGUCAAACCAGCG